AUGGACCAAGUUCAACAGCUGGUGUUGGAUCCGCUCAAGCCUUACCUGUUGCCCAUCACCACGAACCUGCCGGGGGCCCUCAACGACUUCAUCAUCAACCUCAUCGGCGCUCCCUGCCACAGUGGUCUUCUCCUUGAUCUCGAUUUCGCACCCCAUCCCGAAUGCGUGUCUCUUGCCAUCUCCAAAGCUCUUGGUAUCGGGAUCAUCACCGCGGCGUCCGUGGUCAAGGUGCCUCAGAUCAUCAAGCUGGUCAAGUCACAAUCCGCUGAGGGCCUCUCGUUCAGCAGCUAUCUCCUCGAAACCGCCAGCUUCGUCAUUUCCCUAGCCUAUAACAUCCGCAAUGGUAACCCAUUCAGCACCUACGGCGAGACCAGUCUGAUUGCCAUCCAAGAUGUGCUCAUCAGUGUGCUCAUCCUCGUCUACUCCAAUCGAACUGCACAGGCGGGUGCCUUCCUUGCUGCCGUCGGCAGCGCAGUCUACGCCCUCAUUGUCUCCGACACGCUCGUCACUGGCGCCCAGAUGACCAGUCUCCAAGCAGGCUCGGGCGUUCUCAGCAUCGCAAGCAAGCUGCCCCAGAUUUUGACUGUCUACAGCCAGGGUGGCACAGGUCAGCUGUCCGCCUUCGCCGUCUUCAACUACCUGUUUGGCAGUUUGACACGAAUCUAUACAACCCUGCAAGAGGUGGAUGACAAGCUUAUACUGUACGGCUUCGUCGCGGGCUUCUUCCUAAACGCUGUUCUCGCCUUGCAGAUGGUGUACUACUGGAAUAGUCCUACAACCGCUGGGCAUGGAAAGGAGAUUGCUGGAGCUUGGAAGAAGGGCCCCCAAGGUGUUGCACAGAAAGCCCCAGCCGCCUUGGCAACUGAGGAAAACAUCAAGAAGGCACCUGGAACCCCAGCUACCACCACCGCGAGACCAAAUAGCAGCAGUGGACGGAGAAGAGGUUAA